AUGGGCAACAGUGAAAUGGAUAAAACCACAAAAGAGGAGUCAAAGACGCCGCCACCAACGUCACAGGAGCAGUCUUCGACCACCACCAGCACUGGAGCAAUUACUGCAGAUUGGGCCAACUUUCAGGCAUAUUCUCCUAUGCCUCCACAUGGAUUCAUGGCACAAAGUCCCCAAGCUCACCCUUAUAUGUGGGGUGUCCAGCACAUUAUGCCUCCUUAUGGUACUCCACCACAUCCCUAUGUUGCAAUGUAUCCCCAUGGUGGUAUAUAUGCUCAUCCAUCCAUGCCUCCGGGAUCUUAUCCAUACAGUCCUUAUGCGAUGCCUACUCCAAACGGUAUUGCUGAGGCUUCAGGAAAUACUCCUGCCAGCAUAGAAACUGAUAGUAAGCCUCCUGAGGUGAAGGAAAAAUUGCCAAUCAAAAGAUCAAAAGGAAGUUUGGGUAGUUUGAACAUGAUCACGGGGAGAAAUAAUGAACAUGGUAAAUCAGCGGGCACAUCUGCUAAUGGAGUUCACUCAAAGAGUGGUGAAAGUGGAAGUUUUGAAGGUACUAGUGAAGGAAGUGACGCAAAUUCUCAGAAUGGCUCUCAAUUGAAAUCUGGAGACAGGCAGGAUUCUUUUGAAGGUGAACCAUCUCAAAAUGGAAGUUCAGUGCAUACUUCUCAAAAUGGGGGACUUAAUACACCACAUACGGUGGUUAAUCAAACUAUGUCUAUCAUGCCUAUCACUGCGACUGGUACUCCUGGAGCUGUUACUGGCCCCACAACAAACCUAAAUAUAGGAAUGGAUUAUUGGAGCACGCCAGCUCCAUCCAACAUUCCUGCUCUCCGUGGAAAAGUUCCGGCUACUACAGUUGCGGGAGGGAUAGUUACUGGUGGAUCACGGGAUAGUGUUCAGUCACAACUUUGGCUACAGGAUGAAAGAGAGCUUAAAAGGCAAAGGCGGAAGCAGUCUAAUAGGGAAUCUGCUCGGAGAUCCAGGUUGCGCAAACAGGCUGAGUGCGACGAGUUAGCUCAGCGUGCUGAUGUUUUGAAAGAAGAAAAUGCUUCUCUCCGAUUAGAAAUAAGUCGCAUUAGAAGCGAGUAUGAGCAGCUACUUUCCGAGAACGCAGCUCUCAAGCAGAGACUUGAGGAACAACCGGGUAACGAUCAAAACGUUGGUAACGACACUCAACAGAGUGGACAGACAGAGGAUGUGCAAGCUGGUCAUUAG